ACUUCAGACAAAGGAGACAUAAACACACUGACACUGGAUCACUGGAGCAAAAAAAGAGUAGGAGACGACUAAGGGAGACGAUCUCUAACUCUUGGACUACUUUUUUGCUAUAUUUUGGAGAAAAAAAACUUUAUGUAAAGGAGAUUUUUGAGGGGGGGUGAUACCUUGGAUCGGUUUGUGAGCUGAGACAUGUUUGUGUUGGAGCAGUGGUGGCCAUAUGUUGCCCAGACUGUGUAGAAGUGUGUGUGUGUGUGUGUGUGUGUGUGUGUGUGUGUUUGGGAUGGAAAAGUGGGGCUGGCACGAUCAACAUUUCUGCUCUUAGCUUCACGCCAUGGGGGGGUGCCAUAGUUACCCCUCGGCUAAAGAAGCAGACGGGAAGACCCUUCAGCCUUCUGACUUCAGCAGUGACAAAUUGGGGAUUAAUAACAAUAACCAGGAAGCGCGUCCAUAUCUGCAGCAGCAGUAUGUGUGUCAGCGGAUCACACACGCAGACAUGUAUGCCCUCAUAGCUCUGCCGCCUGGCGUCGACAAGGCAGAGUGGCUUGCCAGCAACACUGUGGCAUUUUUCAAGCAUAUAAACCUGUUCUCCAGUGCGCUAUCAGAGUUCUGCACUCCCAGCACAUGCCCAACCGCCUGUGGACCAGGCAACGCGGUUUAUGUUUGGACUGAUGACCAUGGCAGGAAGCUUAAGUGCUCUGCUCCACUUUACUUUGACUAUGCCAUGUCAUACAUUCAGGACCUACUGACUGAUGAAGACGUGUUCCCUACAAAAGCAGGUGCAGAAUUUCCGACAGGCUUCGUGUUUAUGGUCCAGAAGGUGUUUCUGUUGUUGUUCAGGACAAUGGCUCACAUUUAUUGGUCUCACUACACACAGGCCCAGCAGGUGGGUCUGCACCCGCACCUCAACACGCUUUUCAUGCACCUGACGCUCUUCUGCCGGCACCAUGAGCUGCUGGAUCCAGAAGACACUGAGCCACUGCAGGACCUCAUCACAGCUUUGGGACGACAAGGGUGAACUUAAAGGGCAGCCGCAGAUAUUGUACAAUCACAUCAUUGCACGCUUAUUUAUUUCUUAAAGCUGAUUGUCUCUCACCACUCUGGGCCAAAUUUAAACGUAUUCCCCAGUAUAGAUUUUUAAAGAAAGCUUUAUAAGGAGAACAUUGCAAAGAAACAAUGCUCCUGUUGUUCUGUAGAAUUGGACUGAAGUGUAUGACUGUUGCAUGCUUUGUUUUGUUUUGCUUUUGUAACAUAAUGGUGCAUUAUUUUAC